CAUCACCUUCAGAUCAUGGCCGAUGAUCUGGGCUACUAUGACCUUGGCUAUCGCAACCCAGAUUCCAUCACGCCGAACAUUGAUCAGUUGGCCACUCAAGAGGGAGUCAUCCUCGAUAACGCCUAUGGAUACCGCUACUGCAGUCCCUCUCGGGCUAGCUUCCUGACCGGCCGCGUCCCCAUCCAUGUGCAUCAGGGCAACCCCGGUCUGGCCGCAGCUGGAUGUACGAACCUCAACUACACCAUGAUCCCUGCCCAGUUGCGCCGAGCCGGCUACCGUACGGCCAUGGUGGGUAAAUGGCAUCAAGGGGCCAGCCUGCCCGAAUGCCUUCCCGUCAAUCGCGGCUUUGAUACCAGCUUUGGCUAUCUCUCUGGCGAAGAGGAUCACAUGGACCAGACCACCAAUGGCGGCCAGUGCAAUGUCACCGACUUUUGGUUGGAUAGUGGACCAGCCAUCCGACGCAACGGCACCUACAGCUCCUUUCAAUACAACGAUGCCAUUGUCGACAUCAUCCAACAGCAUGCGCCCGAGCAGCCCUUGAUGCUUUAUGCUGCCCUGCAAAAUGUGCACGGUCCCUACGAGGUGCCAGAGCGCUACCGAGCCAAGUUUCCAGCUGACAAAAACUGCACAGAGACGGGCGACAACCCCACCUCCCAGUGCACGCGUGAUUUUAUGCUUGCCAUGGUUAAUGUCCUGGACGACAUUGUGGGCAACAUCACACGCGCCCUCAAGGCCAACGGCAUGUGGAACAACACGGUUCUCGUCUUCAGCUCUGACAACGGUGGGGCGGUUCCGGGGGCUCCACAACAUGGCUCGAUGAAUAACCAUCCCCUUCGCGGUGGCAAGGUUGCUUACUUUGAGGGUGGGGUGCGCACGGCGGCCUUUGUGGCAUCGCCCUUGCUGCCAAAGAGCAUCAGAGGUACUGAGCUGCGCGGCUUGAUCCACAUUAGCGAUUGGUAUGCGACGUUUUGUCAUUUGGCGGGC